UUCGAUUUGAAAUAGUAAGCAUAAUUUCUAAUUAAAAAGAAUAAUUAAGUAAAGAUGUAAAACAUUCUUUUGACAACAGGUUAUUAGUAGCCCAAUCUAAGUAAGCUUUAAUAUGGUAAUGUCAAGAAAAGAAUUAUUUAGAGCUGCGGUUCUGUUGAGCAUUUUAAAGUCAUUAAUGAACAACAUGGAAGCACUCUUUUAGUAGACAAGCAAGUUAGCUAAAAAAGGUACUCUGCUCAAGAUUAAUAAUCAUUAAAGUUCAAUCUUACUAGCUUGCUAAAUAAAAAAUUAUAAUCAUAUAGCAAAGAUGCUCAUAAUACUUAAAAUCAUAAGUUAUAUUAGUGCUCAAUUAAUAAUUUUAACCCAAUUCAAUUAAUACCUAAACAAGCCUCUUCAGAUAAGUUGCCUUAUUUAAAUAGAUUUAGAAGUUUGAGCGAAGGAAGUGCUUUUAAAAGAUUAGCUUCUGCAAAACCUGCUAUUUUAAAUAGAAAAAGAAGUGUCACUGGUUAGAUAUCUUAGCCCCAUUUAAAUACUUAAAAUCAAUAGUUAAUUCAUUCUCAAAAUUACUUUGAUGUUAACCAAGCUUUAUGUGUUUCAAAUUAUUUAAGCUGCAAUACUGACCGUAAGCAGAGCUCAAAUAAAGAAAAUAAGUAAACUUACAAUUUUGAGGGCUUAUAGAGUGAAAAAUUACCUAACUUCUCCAAAAUAGCCUAGGUACAAGUGCCUCAUACUAAAAGGUUGAGUAAUUUCUAGUUACUCUGCGAAAAAAAUAAUAACUAAACUAGAUAUAUAGCAAAUUCUUAAAAUUAAUAAAGCAAAAACGAAUCUUUGCUAUUUACUAAAUAUAAUAAAACAGUGUAACCAUUCUAAGUUAGAAAGAGGGGAGUUUCAAUUUCAGAUAAUAGUCCUUUUGCUCUAAUUAAAACAUUGAAUACUUAAAUGUCUACUACAGAGAGUAUGUUUCUUACAGAAAAUACUGAGAAUAAGUCAACACAGCUUUUUGAAAAUAGAAAUUCUCUUGAGGAAAUAAUAAGCUAAAAUGAAUAAGAUAUUAAACAAAAAAUAAACAGUAAAGAUGUAGAUAAAAAUUUAGCUUUUAAUCUAAAAAGGCUAUAAUUUGAUAAAUUUUUCCCAAAAUGUGGACUAACUCAAAAAUUAAAAACAUACUAUGAAUAAAUUGAAAAAGAUUAUUAAGAUUAAUACAAAAAGAAUUUAGAAAAAGUGCGUAGAGUCGAAAUACCAGAAUACUAAAAGACCAUUUUAAGGAUGAUAAGAUAAGCAUAGAAAAAGGAAGUUAACAUUUAAAGUGAAUACUAAUCAUUCAAUUUCAAUGAUUCUAAAUUGAAAUAUAAGUGA